AGAAUAGAACCUUUGUUUGCAUCAACAAACAAAUCUUUGAGAGGUUUCUCAUUCUCUUCCAUCAUCACAUCAGAGAGAGAGAUGUCGGAGUAUGAAAACGUUGUUGGUGGUAAACUGAAGCUGAAGGGAAAAGCAUUGGAUGUCGCUGGUGGAAUUAAGAAGAAGAAAAAGAAGACCAAAAGAAUUCAAGAACAGUUUUUGCAAGCAACUGAAGAUGAAACUUCAGCAGGUGGAAGUACAGAACAAGCUAAAGAUCCUAAUGAUCAAGAAGUAAAUGAUGGGAGCGAAUUGAGCAGGGAAGAGAAGCCUGCUCAUUAUGAUGAUCAUCUUACACCAGCAGAGAGGAGAUACAUUGAGCAGAGGGAGCAACUUGAUGUUCAUAGAUUGGCCAAGAUUUCUAACAAAUCCCACCGCGAUAGAAUUCAGGAUUUCAACCAAUAUCUUGCAAACAUGAGCGAGCAUUAUGAUAUUCCUAAAGUUGGUCCUGGAUGAUUCAAGGACUUGUGUUUGUGUAAGUUUGGAGAAGGCAAAUCCCUGUCAUUUGUAUUAGUUUGUUUAAUAUUGAUACCGUAUGCUUGGCAGAAUAGUUGUUUUCACUAUAUAUCUAUACUUUGUUUUGGACUAAGCUAUAUUUCUGAUGAUAUAAGUUGAUUUCUUUUCUGCUGA